CACAUUGCGCGCUAUUAAAGAUGGCGGAUAUGGCAAAACGAAGAUUUAUCUGAAAUAAUGAGCUUAAUGGGCAAAGAUUGCAGAAGAAUCUCGGGUUUAGCGAAGCCUCUUGUGGAAUGCAAAACAGAGGUAAGAGUUUACUAGGCACAUUGCGUUCACUACGCCUAAGAAGUACGUGUAGUUAACACAAGUAAGUACGUUUUAACAAUGUAGUCAUGUUCAAAAUUGCGCAAGACUUGGUUAUGAAAUGCCGGUACAUGUAGCUGCAAGGGGUUGGAACCACGGACUGUUCCAGUUUAUACCCACAUUUCUUUUUCUGAGCAUUGCUCGUAUCAAUCUAAACCGUGACAAAUUACCUAAUAGGAAAGUUAUUUGAAAACCAGAAUAAUAAAAUGACAUCGAAGGCAUAUGUGAAGUUUGGUUUGUUUAUUUUUAAUUUAAAGCUUACACAAUGCUACGGAUUUACAUAUGUUUUUCUCCACGGAAAAAAAGCUAUUACUUGCAGUUGCUGAGUUAAAUGAAUUCUUCAGGACAAAUUUAUAUUCAGGUUCUUUUUUAUUACUUUUUGUCUUGUUUUGCUUUGUUUUGUUUCGAUUUGCCUUCCAGCAUAAUGCAACUUAUGAUUAAAUCAACUAAGUGUAGAAUGGAUCCUUUGGUUCACCACUAAGGUGAAGUAAACAAAAGUUAAGUGAAAGUCAUAUUUCUUUUUGAUGACAGCGUAGCAAAUGAUCUAAGUGAUAAAGGUGUGAUAAAAGUGUCCCUUAAGAUCAGCCACAUGUCAGCUGUUAAAGCACUAUGGGAAGAUUUGUUUGUUGCUGCACUUUGGGAUCACAGAGAGUAACUUAACUGUUCAAUAAGUGUCUUCUUCUGAAUUUGGCAAAGAGAACAAUUUUGCUCCCUAAUGUGUCGACUUACUUAAAAAAUAAAAAAGGAAACUGUAAUAAAUAAAUUAAAAGCACUGUUGCUGCAAAAAAAUCACAUUGACAUAACUUAUUGAAAAUUCAUAAUUUUUUCUUUCCAUUGCAUUUUCAUGAAGCUCUUUUGUUUUCAAGUCUGUUACUUUCAUCAAUCUUUUAAUAAGCUGUCAGAGGUUUAUGUAAUAAAUUAUAUCACAGCUUCCCACUUUUCACACCAAAUGGAGGCUGUUAUGUUUAUUAUCCCUCAAUAUUUUUCAACAUGCAGGAAAAUUGUUUAUGAACAGCUUACUGUUGAUGGUGUGGGAAGUUUACUUUUCAGUGUUUUCUGAAAUGAUUUUAUGGACAAAAGAAACAUGUUACUUCUAUAACAACCACACAAUGCUUUUCAUCUUUAAUUAAAUCCUAAACAUAGAGUUUUUCCAUAUUAGAUGUAAGUUUGGAAAAUUAGGGAAUAUCACUUCAGGUACAGCAUUGGAUAUCCCCAGUUUUCUGUCAUGUAAUGGUAAUUUGUUGGAUUAUAAUGGAAUUUAUUGAUCGUGAGUAAUUUAUCGUAAAAGUGAGGUUGUGGAUGUAUUUUUAGUAUAAUGUGUGAUAUUGUGAUUAAAAUAUGAAAAAAGAAGGGGAAAAACAGAGAUAAACAAAGAGAGAAACCAACUUAGGCCACUGCAAAAUACAAGAAACCAAAUUGCUGUUUUUGCCUCAGAUUGGUUGAUUAGAUAGUGCUAUUAUUUUAGCCAAUCACAGACCAGUCAUGGAAAAGCUUAGUUCCAAUAUUAGAUUGUUUUAGGCCCAAUUAGAUAGCACUGUGUAUGAUGAAUAAAAAGAUCAUUACGGUGUUCAAAUCUGUCCCGAAUUGUCUCCUCUUAGCCAACCAGCUGAAAUCUUGACCCUUUUACUUUCAAGAUCCAAGAAUUGACUCACUCAAUUGAAAACCUUACUCAGUUUGUUUUAAGUAUUGAGAAUAUGCCUGAGAUUGUGUUAAUGCUCAACCAAAAGGUUCUUGUCAGAUAUCUUAUUUUCUUAAUGAUUAUAUUUUUAUUCAUUUUUCAGGCCCUUCUUUAUGGAAGCUGUGUGUCCCAGAAAGACAACAUUACCAAGCAUGCCUGUGAUAAGGAGUUUCAAGCACUUAAAGCCUGCAUAAGACAAGCAGUAAGCUUUCUGGGAGACUGAUCAGGGUCUCUUUUCUUUUGGUGUUUAAUUAGCUUGGAUAUCAUGUUAGAUUUUAAACCACAAACUUCAGUUAUCAUGACAAGAUAGUCAUUUGAAGGGGGGGGGGGCACAAAAGUGUCCUUUCAUGGAGUGGGGUGAUAAAAAUAGAAGGUUUGGCUUUUUUUGUGCAGCGUUUUCUUUGUUAGAAAUGUCCAGGGUUUGUUUCAGCUUUUAAUUUCUUAAACACAAGGAGUAAAUGACUGGCUUCAAGGGAUAAAGUGAGUUUUCUUUUCCAAGGCUCUCAAAUGUUCCUUAAACUGGAGCCAAAGGCAACAAUUAGGGUCAAAUGAAAAAUGGCUUUGGGUUGGGAGGUAUAACAUUGCAAUUUUAAACAAUUGCAAAAGUAUUUGGAGUACUUACAUACUAAAACAUGUACUCUCAAACUAACUCUUAUACUCUCAAGUUAGUCAGCUUUAAUCAGAAUUAAUCAGGUUCAUCCUUUCAUCAGUGGGUUCCUACAGUGAGAGAGAGAUGGGGUUUAACUUUUCAUUGUCAAAUUGUUGGUGUCAUUUUUCGUUAAUUUCGCUCUGAUUUUAAUUAACAGUCAUCAACAAAAAUUAGGGACUCAAGAUAAAUAAGAGACUACAGCAAGUCACUUAGACAUAGGAAUGCUGUGCUUUUUCUACUUAAAUUUAAAUACUUCUUACCUAUAAUAAUGUAAUAAUAAUCAUAAGAUACUGAAACAAAAUGUUUCAUUCCCUAUUAGUCUACUGUGAAUGAAUUGAAAAAUAAGUUAUUGAGUGUAAUACACUGACUUGAAAAUUAAAACUUUUAAAGAUAACUUAACAACACUAAACUCUUCAGUAGUUUAAAGAAAACAUUUAAAUUUGAUGUGUCCAUCACUGUCUACAUUUUAAUGAAUGAUCAAAUCAAACAAUAUAAUUAUCUUAAGGCAUUUUCAUUUUUGAAAAUGUUUUUUUAAGAAAUGUGUGCCAGUAAAUUGGACAAAGAGUAGUAUUUGUAUGAGGUUUUGUUUAGAACAUAUCAUGCAUAAAAGCAUAUCAAACAGCUCUGACAUUUCAUAUUUUAUGGUGACUCAUUAUAUGUUUUGAAAGUUUUUCAAACAGCACUCCAAUGGCUAGUUUAUUUAACAAAACUUUCUAAACAUCACUGAUGCCUUUGAAUUAAGAGAUGUACUUGACCUCAUGUAACUGUUAUGCUGUCACAUACAUUUCCCAUCUGCUCCCCUGUGCUCACAUGUGUCAAUUCCUGCAAGAACACACUGUUAGCUGAGGAAAUCAUAGAAGCACAAUGAUAUUUUUUAAUCCUCAAUCUAUACACAUGCAUUCCCUAUUGUCCAUACUUUUCUCUUUGUUCAACAGUCAAAAGCUUUUUUUUUUUGACAAGGAGACAAUUUGCUCAACAAUCAAGCUAUUUUUUGUCAGUGGUUUAAUUUAUGGAUGACAUUUGCAAGGCAAAACUAGUUUGUAGUCACUAUCUGGGGUUUAAGGAUUAGACAAAGGUAAUAAUCAAAUUAUAGAAAAACUGGUAUGCCUGGCCUUUUUGUUUACCUUAUGAGAAGAUGUUAGUAAAAUACGGAUUCUUAUCAAAUAUUAUCAUGUAAUAUUUUAUAUUUUCAUCUCUCUUAAGUUUUCUCAUUGUUUGAUGAUGCAUUUUUGUUGCAGGCAAAGAAAAUUAAAGUGUAGAGACUUGAAAAGAGAGAACAACUGCACCUAUUACAGGAAAGUUCUGAAACAGGACGUCACAGGCAACCUACUCACUUUUUGCGUGGGGUAACAAUAUUAUAAGAGGAGACAUUUAGGCUUGUGAAAACUGAUAAAAAGAAUGUCUCUGUCGGUAAAUAUAUAAAUACGGUAAACUGCUGCUUAUAAGUGCCCUCUCCUCCCCCCCUCCCCCCCUCCCCCUUCCAUUUAUAAGCCCUCGGUUAAAGGCUCAUCUAACUUUAAACAAAACAAAAAAAAAGCAUCAAAUUAUAAGCUCCCCCCGAUAUAAACCCUGUUCUAGCUUUUCUUGUUUCUACAAUACCAAAGUAGGAGAAGCCUCAGUGCUGUGACUUGGACAUAGAAAUUUUAAUGAUAGAAGAGCAAAGAUGAACUUUUGAGAGAAAAGUCUGUUUUCUCAGUUUUGCUACGAACCAGUUUUCUUCAUGUUGCCAGUUUUUAUUGUGCCAAAUGUAUUGAAACUAAUUUGAUUUAUUAUGACGUUUUGAAUCUUAAUGAAAAACGAGUAAAUAAAAAAAGUAUUUUGAUCAGCACUGCACUAGCCUUUUCUAUUCCGGUUACACGUCCCCACGGCUAUAGGUCCCUCUGUUAAUAAG